AUGAAAUACAAAAGGAUUUACGCAGGAGUGUUCUUCUCCGUCGUAUCCAAUUUUUCCAAAGUCCUGGUUCACAAUUUUAUUUACCUGAAGAACGAAAAAGCUAUUUCCUCAAGUGCUAGUGCAGCAAAUGCUUUUUGCCACAGGGGGGGCACAGCAAGAAGGCAUUUUAAAACUGCACGAGAAAAACACACAGUGUCCAACGGGCUCUACAAAUUCAGUCCCUUGGGGGGAAGAGCACACUUUCACAGAGAUAGAAAUCUUGAGGAGAAAUUCUUUGCCAGCAAUUUCUUUGCUAUGGGUAAAGAUCAACCUUUUGUGAUAUUCAUGCUCGGAGGGCCAGGCAGCGGAAAGGGAACGCAGUGCAAAUUGAUCCAAGACAAAUUUGAUUUUGUUCAUAUCAGUGCAGGUGACUGCUUGAGGGAGUAUCUAAUAAAAUGUGAGAAGGGCGAAGUAGAUACGAAGCAUCAGGAUGUCGUCGAGGACUGCAUAAAUAAUGGAAAAAUAGCGCCCGUCAAAAUAACCCUAGAACUGAUGAAAAUCAAAAUGGAGAACGAAAUUGAAAAGAGGAAGAAGAAGGAAAAGGAGGAAACCCAAACGAGCGAACCGACGAAGUUACAAGACCAAGAAGAAAAAAAAAGCUUCUCAUUCGACGUGUUCGAUGAUAGCAUAAAGUUAAAAAACGAUAAUCUUGAUUACUAUUACGAGAAACUGAAAUACCAAAAUGGCAUACACGAAAACGAACACGUGCAGAAAAUCUUGCAGAGAAAUAAGUUUAACCAAAAGGCAAAGUACAAGUUUAUAAUAGAUGGGUUUCCGAGAAAUUAUGAUAAUUUUGAUGGCUGGAUGAACAUAAUAGGAAAUUACGCCUACGUGCACUUGUGUCUGUUCCUUUACUGUGACGAGGACACGAUGAUUAAGCGGUGCAUGAAUCGGGGGCUUAUGUGCGGCAGAGUAGACGACAACAUGGACACCCUGCGGAAGCGCUUCGAGACACACAAAAACGGCUGCAUGCCAAUCAUCAACAUUUUCUUAAAUGAAAACAAAUGCAUCUUCAUCAAUGCAAAUAAAAACAUCGAAGAAGUUUGGAACGACAUACAAUACGUGUUCACGAAUAUGUAG